AUGAAUGAAGAUUGGUCACAUAAAGUAAUUAAUUUAAUAAAUCGUUUUAUUGAUGAAAAACGUUUUCAAACACUUUCGAUUUUAUUCAUUAAACAAUAUAUUGAAUCUCAACGAAGUUCCACACAACAACAAACUGAUAAAACACAACCAACAUCAUCAGUGUCUAUUGAAAUAAAUCCAAUCGAUGUUCGAUAUGAACAAUCACAAAAACAACAAAUAAAUAAUCCAAUUAUUACUGCAACAAAUAUUGAAGUUCAAUUUGUUGAUCAAGGUGACAUACGUGAAUUAGAAACAAAUACAAUGAUUCAAUUAGUUGAAUUUGUUGAUGGUGAAUUUGCUUCAUUUUGGAAAACGUUUCAUCAUUCACAUAAAUCAUCUGAAACAACAAAACCAAUUCAAUCGACAUCAUUAAUAAAUCGUAAUAAUAUAUUAUCAACAAUAACAAAUCUUCUAUAUUCUCAACAAUCAAAUAUAUCAGCAAAAACAUUUUUACCCGUGUCAAAUAAUGAACCAUCUGUUCGUAAACUUCAACCAGUAUGA